CUACUCAUCACUUACCAUCCCACCAAAUCACAUAAAAUCUUUUAAUAGUUAACAAAUAUAUGAUUAGUUUGUUAUGGAUUCGGGAAUACGUUAAUUUAAUACGACCUAAUUACAUUUAACGGCUAGAAUACGAAUUGAAGAUUAACAGUUCUAUUAGAAAAAUGAGUUUAACUAGAAAAUCUACAAGAAAAAGAAAGGUUACUACAAAAGCUGCUGAAGGAGAUUUUGUAAUUGAUAAUGAAAACGAAUCGGCAGUUCGUUGCAUUUGCGGUUCUCAAUCAGACAACGGCGAUGUCUGGGUUCAAUGCGACGGUUGUGAUUGCUGGCAACAUGCCGGCUGUGUUGGACUUUCAGAAGAGACAAUUCCUGAAAGCUUUUUUUGUGAAACAUGCCGACGACCAGCUGAAAGUGAUCAUGAAAAUGAACAGGAAGAAUUAUCUUCUAAAAAUUCACAAUUUUUACAUUCUGUUGUUACUCAACCUCCACACGAUUCCUACAUAGAAGAGGGAAAUGUGGAUGAACCAUCUGAAACUAUUUCCACGAAUGUAACUAAGUCAACAUUUGUUCCGGAAGAAAAACAAGAAUCACCUUCUUCAAUGUCAUUACAAUUUUCUUCUGAUAGCACUUCGUCUUCUGACGGCGUUUCGGAUUCUGCCAAUUUUACUGCGGGUAAGCGGAAGGUGGCUAGUUUUGGACUCCCUUCUUACGCUUCCAAACGUGCCAAAGGAACAGAGCAAAGGCCACAAAUCGAGACGGCUUCCCAGGAAGAUUUGAAUAUAAGUUUAUCGAUAGAGGAAUUAAAAAACCCAGUCCGAAAAAGUGUUGCUAAGGCUUGGGUCUCAGUUUUUGAAACAAUCUUAAAGAAGGCUGACCAGGAGGGAGUUACUGGUUUAGAAGGAAUAAAUCCCACGGUCUCAGCUCUCAAGCUGGAAAAUACGAUGUUUUUAGAGCUUUCGUAUAAUGAAACCCAGAGUGCGAAUCCAAAUAACAAAUAUAGAGAAAAGUUUCGAGCUCUUCGCUUCAAUUUGGUAGAUGAUAAGAAUCCUGCUUUUCGUGCUCGCGUUUUAAAACAAGAAAUUCCGUUUUCUAAACUGGUUCACAUGACCAGCGAAGAAAUGGCAAAUCCUGAUUUGAAGUCUUUGGCUGAAACUAUUCGUCAGCAAAGCACUGAGAAUACUGUUCUUAAACAACAUACUCUCGGUUAUCGCAUUCGUACUAUGCAGAACGGCGAAAUGGUAGUGCAAGAUGAACAAGGUGUUGAUGUCGAUACAAACAAUUCAACUAUAACUUUGCCUAGCAAAGUAACUAUACCUCCUCUUCCUCCGUCUGAAGAAAAUUCUGUUCCUGAGAAGACUCAAUCACCUAAUAUUUCUGAAAGCAAAUCUACUUCCAAUUCAGACGAACCUUCUAAUGAAUAUAUUAAGAAAGAAGAUACUAGUGAAAUAAAAAGAAAUGUAAAUAUACCUUCGAUCGUUGAGAUUGAUGAUCCUUCUGUACUAGAUAUAGUCGAGAAGGAACCACUUGUUAAUAAUGAGCAUCUAUCCUCUCCAUAUUCACCUAAAGAAGACGAAGAUGUUUCAAAAGUAGAGAAUGCUUCGCCCAGAACGAAUGCUCUAUGGAGGGGAAAGGUGAAAAUGGCGUCCGUCUCUGAAUUUUCUGCGGAAGCUAUAUUAUCGAGUGGUCAUAUCGACCUCAAAUUUCUGUUUGAGAUUUUGUCUUCAACUGCUUUAAUUGAAGGUAGAAUUAGUAUUGCUUCAACUCUUCAGUAUUUGCAAGCAUUACAAAAGUCUCAGUCGAAGAUCAUUGUCUCUGUCUUGUUCUUUCCAACUAGCAGCAAUGAAAUCGAUGGAUUUAAUGUUUUAUAUAAUUAUUUUUUAGAACGGAAUCGUUACGGUGUCUUACGUUCCAAAUCUGCUUCUGUCAAGGACGCGUAUAUCAUCCCUAUUCCUUCAGGCGAAGAGAUUCCUGAAGUACUGAAUUUGCUGCACGAUUCCAAGUUAGUGAAAACCCGAGAAUCUUUGUCUUUGUUAGGGGUUUUUGUUAUAAAUAAGACUAACUCGAGAGGUGAAGGCAUUGAGAGUACUUCCUCUUUGGGUUCAGCUUCUGCGCUUCUAUCUUCUCUCCCUUCUACUAAGCCCGUUCCUACUCAGAACGAAGAUAGCUUGGAUUAUUCACUAAAAAGAUUACUUAAUGUGCUAAGUCUAGAAGACAUAUAUUUAAUAAGGCAUGUUGUAGAGAACAAUCCUCUAAUUAAAGCAAAUCCAAAUCUCGCGAUUGAUCCAAAGUUUAUGCAAAAAGCAAUCCUUGACGAACAAAACAAAUUCACGAAGUAGCCAUUAUGAAGUUGCGUUUUACUCGGACUUGAUGAUAUACUUCUUCGAAGUACGGUUGGACAGUUAUUUUUGGUAAUGAGCUAUUCAUCAAAAUUUAUGAAAGAAAAUGGUUGAUUUUGCUAAUUGGGUAUUUUGAGAUUAGCAAACAAAGGAAUAGAUUUUUUGCGUAGGUAUUUAUAUGUAAAUAGAUUUGUAUCUUUUUAUUACUAGCCUUUCAGUAAUUUAUUGUAAGGCGAUAACUUUCUAUACCGCUUAAAGAGCACUAACAUAUAUCUCUAUAGCCUAAAUUUAAUCUAUUGAAG